CAGCGUAAUUGGGCUUAUACUAAAUGGAUCCACAUCCAAUAGGCAUGCAGUCCAAGCGGAUAUUAACGCGCUCUUCAUGAGCAGCCAGGGAGAUAUAUCAAAUUCACUAAAUCUGUCUUAUGAUUCAAUGCGACAUUAAGUUGACGCUAUUAAAUUGUUGACUUGCUUGCCUUUUCAAUAACAUUUUAAAUCCAGGAUCCAAAAGUUCUGGUCGUCCUAAAAACGCAUCACUUCUGAAAACUCUCCUCAUCCAAACGGUGCUGGGCAAAACAAUGUGGCUCGCGCGAACCCUCCUCGCUCUGGCACUUCUUUGCGCACCGGUUUCAAGCCUCUGCUUAUCAACGUACGACCCCGAAUCUUACUUUCUCUGCAACAACCAGGUGUUCUCCGAGACGAACGGUAAUGGACAACCGACAAACUCCCUGCAGGACAGUGUAAACCUGCUGUAUAAGUCAGCUCACGCGCUUUCCUCUGAGGAGCCGCGCGAGAGGAGGACGGUGGUACCCGCGUCCAAAUACAGAUUAUUGAGCCAGACGCAGCUCAGGAGUAAACUCUACCGCAACAGUGCCAAUAGCGACAGACGCAAUCAGGUCACUCUUUCCCUCGAUGUUCCCACCAACAUUAUGAACAUCCUCUUCAACAUUGCCAAAGCCAAGAACCUGCGCGAGAAGGCGGAUGACAACGCGCGCCUGCUGGCGCAGAUUGGAAAGAGAAAAUGAACUGUCAUUGAUGUCACUAACUUGACUUUAGCACAUGUGUUUUGUGACCAAAGGAGGCAUGUUAUCUCUAAUUUAAUAUUGUAAUAAAUGUGUUUUUCCCCGUUGCAUAACAAUACUGCAAUUCCAAUUUUCAGUAAUAAUAGCAAUACUGAAUGUAUUGUUGGCUAACAUGAAAAUAAGUGUCUUCAACGAGUUUUCAUUUAUUAUCCACGAAAGCGCACAGUCAAAUAACGUAAGAAAACAAGCUUGUUCUUGCCAGAUUGGUUAAAAGAUGUGUCACUUUGAAAGUUCCCCCCUCUUAUUUUCAUGGAUGGAUUAAUUUACUCUAUUAAGAAGGAUAUUAUUUUUUUUUAAAUGGCUCAUUACGGCAGUGAGACUCAUGUCACAUUUGAAGAAAUUAUUAUUUUUUUGUCUAUUUCAAAGCACAAACUUCAAAGGACAUAUGAUUGGAGGAUCCAAUUGCGGAUCAGAAGGACAUGCGACAUAUUCCGCAGUUCUCUUUCAUGACUCUCUCCCCAUUCAUUAACACAUAUUUAUGGCCGAGUCUGUUAUUCUCAGAUGAAAGUUGACUUGAUUAUUACCGAAAAUCACUCCUCUUCAUUGAUUAAGAUACACGACUGGAGGGUUACAUAUGUCUGAGGACGAAAAUUUGGGUUGAUUAACGCUAUUUUUGUACUGAAAAUAAUAAUAAUAAUAAUAAUAAUUUUUGUUUGAUAAAUAAAAGCAAAUUAAAACAAAAGAUACGAAGCAUUUGAUGUGAUCACAGAUAAUUUCUUUGUAUUACACACAAGAUACACUGCACAGAUUCUGCGAUAGGCUAUCUCUGUCAAAGUCAUGUAUGAAAUAUGGGAUUAGUUUCACUAUUGUAAUGUUAAAAUUCUCUUUUUCAUAUACAAAACUCAACAAAGUAUUGGAAUAGGACAAAUAUAAAACAUUUCUAGACCUAUUAAAAAUCCAAAUUCUAUACAGUCCCUAAUAUUGUGUAGGUCCCCCUCGUGCCACCAACCCGCAUCUCAGAACAGCAUUCUGAGAUUAUAUUCCUCUCACCACAAUUGUACAGAGUGGUUAUCUGAGUUACUGUAGACUUUGUCAGUUUGAACCAGUCUGGCCAUUCUCUGUUGAACUCGCUCAUCAACAAGGCAUUUCCAUCCGUAGAACUGCCUCUCACUGGAUGUUUUUUGUUUCUGGCAUCAUUUUGAGAAAAUUCUAGAGACUGUUGUGUGUGUAAAUCCCAGGAGAUCAGCAGUUACAGAAAUUCUCAAACCAGCCCAUCUGGUAGCAACAAUCAUCCAUGUGAUUAUCUAAUCAGCCAAUCGUGUGGCUGCAGUGCAUAAAAUCAUGCAGAUAUGGGUCAGGAGCUUCAGUUAAUGUUCACAUCAACCAUCAGAAUGUGGA